AUGCUGCUCACUAAAAGAACACGUUGGUUAACAAAGGCGGUGCUGAGACGAGGUUACAGUACUCGAGUUAACAACCCUAAACCGCGUAGCACCCGCUGGCCUGUGGGUGCAGGAGUGUUGGGACUCGGUUUCGCAACAUGCUUUUGGCUGUUCCACGAACGCAGAGAUGUUGAGACAAAAAAAGGUGUUAAAAUUGAAGGUCCAUGGCAAGUUUACGUUUUAAGUACACUCCCAUUACGAACCUUGUCGCGCGUUUGGGGUGCUUUAAACUCGGUGCAUUUACCUGCAUGGAUUCGUGUGCCAUGGUUCCGUUUAUAUGCGACUAUUUUUGGAUGCAAUUUGGAUGAGGCUGCUUGCAAGGAUCUACGCGAGUAUCGAAACCUCUCUGAAUUUUUUGGAAGAGCUUUGAAGCCUGGUGCGCGCCAGGUUGACGAAGAUGCAAUUAUGGUGUCUCCCUCUGACGGGAAAGUUCUCAGCUUUGGAGUGCUGGAAGGGGAUCGCAUGGAGCAGGUGAAGGGACUCACGUAUUCAUUGAACGCACUUUUGGGCGAUGAUAUGCAUGCGAAAAUGGCCGAGGAACACAGUGAUCACAUGUCUGCACUACGGCAUGAAAAGUUUGCAGUUGUCAAUGGGAUUGACUACAGUUUGCAAGACAUAUUCGGUCACGACCAUGGUGAACCAGAACGUGAAGUGAAGACGGUGCCGGAUGCAUCUGCAGACCAUCGCGACUUGUUUGAGUCGUCUCGCGUAGCCGUCAAGGCUGCACCUCAAUUCACAUCACACAAAGACGAUUGUCUGUAUUACGCUGUUGUCUAUUUAUCGCCCGGGGACUACCAUCGGUUUCAUUCACCCACGGACUGGGUGGUGGAACGGAGACGACACUUCAGCGGCGAGCUGUUUAGUGUCUCGCCGUACAUGGCCAAGCGUUUAUGCAACCUGUUUGUACUGAACGAGCGCGUUGCACUUCUUGGUCGAUACAAAUAUGGCUUCAUGAGCAUGGUUCCCGUUGGCGCGACCAACGUAGGCAGCAUUGUCAUUAACUUUGACAAACAACUUCGAACAAAUCGAUUCUCGAAGCUGGGACCUCCGGGCACGUUCGAAGAAGCUACGUACGAAUCUUCAUCACCAACACUUGACGGUAUGCCGUUUACAAAAGGAGAAGAAAUGGGACGUUUCGAAUUGGGGAGCACAAUAAUCCUUGUUUUCGAGGCGCCUAAGAAUUUCGAGUUCAACCUGAACGUUGGCCAGCGUGUCCUCAUGGGCCAGUCCUUGGGGUCAUUGAGACCACAUAGUCCUUCGUAA